AUGCGCACAGAAGCGCCGGCAAAGCCAGCUUGCUGCUACCGUAGUCGUAGGAAGGAGGGGCUGGUCCCGUUGAUGGUAAGACACGAUCUGUGUGCGCCUAGAGUGAUGGAGGUGAGCCGAAAGGAGAAGGAGCGCCGCAUCUACCCGCUAUGUGCCCAGCAGGUGCGACAUUCCUGUGAAGCGGAAAUGGAAAAUAAACAGCAACGGUCCGUGAGCGAUGCAGGCAUCGUCGCGUAUCUCCCAGAUGACGCCGGAAACGAACCGGGCCUCAGCGAGAUAGAGUGGAGUCCGACGACCGAGGAGCCCAGAAAAAUAUUUAAGCUCCAAUUGCCAAAGAAAUUCCGAAAAAUCUCUACAUCGUCAAAUUUCAACAGCAUCGAAGAGGAGCGCCAAUAUGGGGCAACAUCAGAUCCAUUCCGCUGGAGUGGCGGUAAUCAAUCUAGCGAAACCCUCGGCAGCACAUCAAUGAUGGACUUGUUCGACGAUGUGGUACAAGCAGAACCCCGGGUCCUAUUCACCCUGCCCAGCGAUGACGAGGAAAAUGACCACGAGCUUCAACGGCGC